AUGGACAGUCAUGACGACGGGCGUAAACCUGAACCAGCGUCUCUUCCUGUUAAUACCUCGGUGCGUCAGGGCGGGGUCGUCAGGGCGGGGUCGUCAGGGCGGGGUCGUCAGGGCGGGGUCGUCAGGGCGGGGUCGUCAGGGCGGGUCGUCGGAGCAUUCCACAGGAAUGUUGCCAUGACUCAUCAAGGAUUUCCUCUCUUGCGUCUUACCACGACCCGUGUGUGUACUGACACCACCCACCUGCCGGGCACCCACCUGCCGGGCACCCACCUGCCGGGCACCCACCUGCCGGGCACCCACCUGCCGGGCACCCACCUGCCGGGCACCCACCUGCCGGACACCCACCUGCCGGGCACCCACCUGCCGGACACCCACCUGCCGGGCACCCACCUGCCGGGCACCCACCUGCCGGGCACCCACCUGCCGGACACCCACCUGCCGGGCACCCACCUGCCGGACACCCACCUGCCGGACACCCACCUGCCGGGCACCCACCUGCCGGACACCCACCUGCCGGGCACCCACCUGCCGGACACCCACCUGCCGGGCACCCACCAUCAACGUACCUAUAGUGGAGGGAAGCUAGAGGGAGGAGAAGGUGGAGGCAAGCUAGAGGGAGGAGAAGGUGGAGACAAGCUAGAGGGAGGAGAAGGUGGAGGCAAGCUAGAGGGAGGAGAAGGUGGAGACAAGCUAGAGGGAGGAGAAGGUGGAGGCAAGCUAGAGGGAGGAGACGGUGGAGGCAAGCUAGAGGGAGGAGACGGUGGAGGCAAGCUAGAGGGAGGAGACGGUGGAGACAAGCUAGAGGGAGGAGACGGUGGAGACAAGCUAGAGGGAGGAGACGGUGGAGACAAGCUAGAGGGAGGAGACGGUGGAGACAAGCUAGAGGGAGGAGAAGGUGGAGACAAGCUAGAGGGAGGAGAAGGUGGAGACAAGCUAGAGGGAGGAGACGGUGGAGACAAGCUAGAGGGAGGAGAAGGUGGAGACAAGCUAGAGGGAGGAGACGGUGGAGACAAGCUAGAGGGAGGAGACGGUGGAGACAAGCUAGAGGAAGGUAAGGAGUCUGAGGGACCUGAGGCUGGUUAA